AAUUUCCCCCCCUAGAAACUUCCGCCUCACACGCUUAAUUGGCCAAAUACACCAAAAACUCCAUUUUCCCCCCAACAAAAUACGCCUUUCCUUCUUCUUCUUAAUCGAAGUUCCGUGCUUAGUCGAAGUCCUCUGCUUAAUAAUUUUACACCUCCAUUAAUUGAAGUUCUCUGCUUCUUUUUCGAAGUUCUCCGCUUCAAUCAAAGGUCUGUUUCAAUCGAAAUUCUCCGCUUCAAUCGCCACCGCUUUUACACCUCCCAGGUUCAUCAGCUGGACUUGAAAGUUAAUACUUUUCUAUGGAUAAAUCUUGGAUUAGAAAGGCAAGGAAUACCACGGAAUAUCUAUUUGGUUUAAACCAGUUUUUAGAUUUUACAUUUGCUAAUGCUAGUGUUGGAGAUAGAAUAAAGUGUCCUUGUCCUAAAUGUGGAUUCGCAAAGUACCAGACUAGAGAGGUAGCACUCGAUCAUUUGAUUUGCAAACCAUUCCCUCAAAAUUAUGUCACUUGGAGUAUUCAUGGUGAAAUAAAUAUACUUCCUAAUUCUAUAAAUAUGUGGUUAUACAAGAUACAUUACCUCCUGAAAAUCCAGCAGAAUUAUUGAUCAAUAAAGCAUUUGGGGGCCUAAGGCACGAUGGGGUUGAUGUAGGUCUGUCGCAAGUAGCGGGUGGUGAAGAAAGGUUAAAUGAUGAGCCUGCUACAAAUGAUAAAGACUUUUUCGAGUUGUUUAGAUAUGGAUGUCAAGAAUUGUAUGAAGGGUCCAAGUACUCAAAACCAGAAUUUUUAUUAAAAUUGCAUCACGUAAAAUGUUUGUCUGGGCUGAGUGACAAGGGAAUGACCAUGAUACUAGAUUUGUUGAGGGACGUAUUUACAUUUGCAUGGAUAUCUCAUUCUUUUUAUGAGGCCAAGAAAACUAUCCACAAGCUUUGUCUUGAUUAUAUCAAGAUAGAUGCCUGUCCAAAUGAUUGUAUGUUAUUUUGGGGGAAUGAUGCUAAUGAGGAAAUAUGUAAGUAUUGUCACACUUCUAGGUGGAAGCCUAACAAGAAGAUAAAUGAAGAUCUUGUGCCUACUACAGGUAAGAAGAAAACCAAGAAGAAAACUAAGAAGCUUGCAAAGAUUUUGCGUUACUUUCCAUUAAAACCAAGGUUUCAGAUAUUGUUCAUAUGCUCUAAAAUAGCAAAAUAUAUGAGAUGACAUGCUGAGGAUAGUAACAAAGAUGGAAUCAUGAGGUAUCCUAGAGAUGGUGAGUCAUGGAAGAAGUUUGAUACAACUUUUCCUGAAUUUGCCUUUGAUCCUCGGAAUGUUCGGCUUGGCCUAGCUAGUGAUGGCUUCAAUCCUUUUGGCACGAUGAGUACUAAUUAUAGCAUUUGGCCAGUCAUUUUAGUUCCAUACAACCUUCCUCCUUAGUUGUGUAUGAAACAACCCAAUUUUAUUCUCUCAAUGAUCAUUCCUGGUCCACGUACGGUGGGAAAUAACAUAGAUGUUUUCCUACAACCCCUUAUUAAGGAGUUGAAUAAGUUGUGGAGUGAAGGUGUCGAAACUUUUGAUUCAUCAAAGAAAGAGAUGUUUAGCUUGCGAGCUUACAACCCCUUAUUAAGGAGUUGAAUGAGUUGUGGAGUGAAGGUGUCGAAACUUUUGAUUCAUCAAAGAAAGAGAUGUUUAGCUUGCGAGCUGCUCUUAGGUGGCGAAGCACAAGGCCUUCUUGCAAGCGUAUGUGGCCUUUUAGCAACUGACUGUACCAUAUUUCCAAUUGGCUUUGAUAAAUGACCGGAUAUGCCUAAGUCAUACUUGAACGACUGCUUUAAUAAUAUUAUAAAGGUAUAGGUUUUAUAUCUUUAUCACUAUAUCUAUAUUUUGUCUUUUGUUUUUAUAUUUGUAUAUAAAAGAUAAACUAACCAAAAUUUAUUUUUGAAGUGUCAUUUCUGUUUUAUGACCAUUGAGGAAGUUGCAGAAGUUGUGGGAUGAGUUUAAAGACCCACUUAAAACCAAAGAUGAGAUUAUGGAUAAUGUUCCGACGGCUAAGACAGGAAGUAAGCCUGGACGAGCACAACUUUAUCUUGCUACACAUACGAAAAAAGAUGGAUCAUAUGUAAAUGAGGAGGCAAAAGAAAUAUGUGUGCUAGGCAAAGAACAUCCUGGAAGGGUGAGAUGUUUGGGAUUAGGAGCUACUCCAAGCAAUACUUUCAAAGAGAUAAAUCUUCGUCUUGGUAAUAUUAGAAUUGUGAGUAAUAAUGUUGGAUGUUCUUCUUCUGGAUGCCAAGAGAAGUAUAAUCAAUUGAUGAAUACUCUCAAAGCAUACAUGAUAAUGAAGGAAAGGUCAAUACCAGAACAAUUUGCUGGAAUCUUUGCAUCUCCUCCUACAACGCCAAGUAAUGCAGCUAAUAGACCCGUUUCACCGACGGAUGCUAGAAGGUCUUCUGGCGCUAGAAAUCCUAGUGACAGCCAUUGAAAUUCAUUUUAAUUGAAGUGGGUGUAUUAGAACAAUGUAAUAGCUAGCUAAUAUAUAUGGUUAACUAUGUUCUAAUUUAUCUUGAUGACAUACGAUACUACUCUGUCAUAGUAUUUUUUAUGGUUAAUGAAAUGUUGAUAUUUCUUAA